UCUAUUGCUAAGUUAAAUUUGAGAAAAAAUGGUAGCAUCAUCUAUGGCUGUGGCAUCAACAAAAUCUACAUUUUUCCACUGCGCGUCAUCUUCUAGGGAAUUUGGAUCCAAUUUCAGUAGUGGGGUUCCAAUAAAGAGUCUUAAUUUCCAGUUAAAAAGCAGAAGAAGUAAAGCUAGAAAUGAUGUUUGUUUGGUAGUAUCUGCUACUGGUGCUGGUAAAAUUUCUGAAGAGAGCAAUGAUGUUAGUGGGGGGAGAUUUUACCUCAAUUUUACUGGAUUUCCUUUCCCUCUUGGUCCUUUCCUAAAUAGACGCACCAUUAGAACUGAGGUUGUCAAAGACAGAAUAUGGUUAUUUGAGCAAGAGCAAGCAUUGGGAUUCAGCAGUGUUUCAACAAACAUCAGAAUGACUGUCAUCAAACUUAAAUCUGGUGAAUUGUGGGUUCAUGCUCCUAUUGCUCCAACCAAAGAGUGUAUUCAGCUCGUGAAAGAGUUAGGUUAUCCAGUGAAAUAUAUCGUCCUUCCUACAUUUGCAUAUGAACACAAAAUAUUUGUUGGCCCCUUUUCCAGAAAGUUCCCGAAGGCUGAGGUAUGGGUAGCACCAAGGCAAUGGAGUUGGCCUUUAAACUUGCCUCUUGAGUUUUUUGGGAUUUUCCGCGCAAAAACACUAAAAGAUGAGGAUAUGUCGACACCAUGGGCUGAUGAUAUUGAGCAGAAGGUUUUGAGCUCUCCAGAAGUUGGAAUUGGACCAUAUGUUGAGGUGGCUUUCUAUCAUAAACGGUCAAGGACGCUGCUGGUGACAGAUGCUGUGAUAUUUGUCCCGAAGACUCCACCUGAAUGUAUUAGCAAAGAAUCCUUGUUAGCAUCUGCAGAGAAUGGUUUGGCUGUUAAACUACUUAGUAAAGGAAAAGAAGUCUCUGAUGAACCUGUUGUUGACAACAAAAUCAAUCGACAAAAAGGAUGGGAGAGGAUGGUUCUUCAGAUUUUGUUUCUAGGUCCAUCAAAUCUUCUGGAGCCAACUGCUAGCUUUGCCCAGAUGUCACAAAAGCUAAUUGUUUCACCAAUUGUUAAAACAUUGGUUUUCAGCAAAGUUCCUGAAAAGGUUAGAGAUUGGAUUGACAGCAUAGUUCGAGACUGGAGAUUCACGAGAAUUAUCCCUGCUCAUUUUUCAGCUCCCAUAAAUGCAAGCAGGUCGGAUUUGUUAGCAGCAUUUGCAUUUCUUGAUGAUCUCUUGGGCGAGCGUUAUGUCACUCGGCCUUCUCUCUCGCUUCUCUUCACUUCGCUAUUAGGAAAGGCUGCAAGCUAUUUUCCUCCAGAUGACAUGAGGACCCUAUCAUCCCUGGAUCAAUUCUUAGUGUCUGUUGGAGCAGUGAAGAAAACCGUCUCAGGUCGUAAAAGAUGACAGAAAAUAUACAAAUGUACACUAGUUGUUAGUAUUGGAAAUGCUUUAAACGAUGAAAGCAAAGCGUUUUACACUUGAAGAGUAAAGAAAUUCUAAUCAUAGCUUAAUAGUAACCACGAGAGUUUAGCUUGA